AUGGAUCGCCUCCUGGCCCGCCGACCCGCAAGGCGGGGGCUCAUGCUGGCCGCGGAGGCCCUGCGGUGCCGCCACCGGCGCCUGUGCGCCUCUGCGGCGUCCGAGCUGUACGACGUGGUGAUCGUCGGGUCGGGGAUGGUGGGCGCGGGUUUGGCGGCGGCGCUUGGUGCGAGCCCGCUUACGGAUCGUCUGAGAGUUGCGGUCCUGGAUCAAAAGACACCAGAGGACAAGCUGGCUUCAUCCCUCAGCCCCAUCCCAGAGAUGCGGGUGAGCACUUUGACACCUGCCAGCAUCCAACUGCUGGAGAAAACAGGUGCUUGGGACAGAAUUCUACCACCCAGCUGCGCUUCAUUUUCCCACAUGCAGGUUUGGGAUUACAGUGGUGCAGGUUGCCUUCGGUGGAGUGCUGCAGACAUCCAGAGGGACACAAUGGGCGCCAUCAUUGAAAAUGGAGUGCUGCAAUCCGCUUUCCUGGCGGUUGCCAGGGAGAGAGCUGGGGUAGAAUGCAUAAUGCCAGCGACAGUGAAGGCGCUCGUGCAGGCUCCGUAUGCCAGAGAGCCUGGCUCCAAUUCAGCCAACCCCUCAUCCAUUCUUCGACUAGAAGAUGGCAGAUUGCUCAGAGCGAGGCUGGUGGUGGGUGCCGAUGGUGCACAUUCAAACAUCCGGCAGAUGUCUGACAUACGAACAGUUGGCUGGGAAUACGACCAGAGAGGUUUGGUGGCCACGGUGCGCGUGUCGUUCCCAACAGACACUGCCUGGCAGCGUUUCCUUCCCACUGGCCCUGUGGCACUGCUGCCAGUGAGGGCAGGCUUCUGUAACGUUGUGUGGUCCACCACUCCUCCGAUGGCCAGACAGCUGGAGAAGGCACCUCUUGACAAGGUGGCACUUGCGAUCAACGAGGCAUUCCAUGGUGGCCCCAGCAACGAUCCGCCCUCGCCUGUGGCAUCCAUGCUGGAAAAAGCUGGCCAAGAGCCAUCGAUGUUCUGCAGCCCUCCGGCAGUUGUCGAGAUCGUGGGCGGACCACCCCGAUCUUUCCCAUUGAAACUGAUGCACGCUGGAAGUUACGUUCGCCCUCGCCUGGCCCUUGUGGGCGAUGCGGCCCAUGUUGUGCACCCUCUGGCUGGACAGGGGGUGAAUCUGGGGCUGGGGGACGUGCAGCAGCUGGCCGAGGCGCUGGCAGCAGCUGUGGAAACUGGACAGGACAUUGGAGACUUGCACUUGCUACAGACGACAUACGAGCAGCCAAGGCUGAAGGCGAAUUUGGCCAUGAUGGCGGCCCUGGAUGCCUUGAAGCGUGCAUUCGGAGUGCAGAGCGAGCUGUUCGCCCAGAUGCGCAACCUCGGCCUGGACGUCCUGAACGCGGCCAAGCCCAUCAAGAACAGGGUCAUGCAGUACGCCAUGGGCCUGUGA